AUUAAAUGAGAGCAAUAAAAAAAUCCAUCAAAAACUCAGCAACAAUCAGUAGUGAAAAACGCCGCGUGUGUGAUUAAACUCGGUUAAUAACAGAAGUGUGAUACCAGAAGCGAAGCAACGUGAAAAUUAAGUGGUUUAAAAAAACAUUGAAGCAAAAAAACCGCCUGUAAAUAGAAACACACUCAACGGUAAUCGGCAGUCCCUCUGUCUGGAGCAUUCGAACCGCAGAAAUGAAUCCAUCAACAACAGCAGACUGAUGGUUUAGUAUAGCUGGUAAUUUUCGCGAGGUAGUGAAGUCGAUAGAAAAAACUCGUGCAUUGAUUUCGGGCAUUCAAAUUGAUCAACCACGGAUGAGCCCCGCAGGGAAAGAAAGAAAGAAACCGGAGUGACCGAUUUGAUGGAAUAGUUUAACUUCGAAGGCCCGAAAAAAAAACUGGCGCCGAAGUGCAAGCAAAAUUGGAACUGAAAGCGGUUCAUGUUUGUUGUUCCACGGCGGCAGAGUAGCGAAACUCGAGCAGGAAAAACAGCAAGCUACAAUUUAAACUGGUUUCCAUCAGUAAACAUACCCGAGUUGGCAGUUGGGGCAGUGUCGAAGCCAAAAUAAAAUUUAUUUCGAAUCGGUUGAGUGCAUCGCUGCUCGAUGAUGGUCAAGUAAAAGAAGAAAAGUGCUAAGGUAGCAAUUUCGGCGGCACUCGCUCCGUGCUACCCGUAUCGUGUUUUACUUCUGGAAGAGGUGAAUCGCUUUUGAAAGCUCAACUCUACCCUUAAUGCAACGUAAGCAGCAAUCACUGUUGCUGAAAUGUGAUCGAAAUACGAGACUGCCACGAUGAUGCAGUCACGAAUGCGCCAACAACAGCCGGCUGCUGCUCAGCAGCCACCUCCGCCACCAACGCCUGCUGCUACGGGCCCUGGUCCUGGAGGAGGAUCGGGAGAGGGAAUCACAACGAACAGAGGAGUGGGAGAGGGACAAGUCGAAAGUAGGAAUACAGAAAGUGGACCAAACCCGAACGGUGAUGGAAUUCGGAAGGGGAUUCCAUUGUUUCGGAGUAAUCGGAAUUCUAGUAGUUACAACUGUCGACGGAGUUUGCUUGCGGUUGCUGCGAAAGUUGAUACGGGAAGAAAAGUGUCGCACUCGCAACCCGAACAGGUUCCUACUCGUCCCGAUGGCAACUCUGACCUAGACUGUAUCGAUGAGGAUAUGUUUGCGAAGAUACCGAAAAUGGAGUUGUUAAAAGUUAAUUAUGUAAAUUUGAAGAACGAUGGUGUUGCUGGGAGUGAGAAGAAAAAGUCAGCUGUGGAUGAUAAGAAAGCAAACGGAGGAACGGUGGCAGCGGCGGCACCUACCAAGGGGGUAGUGUCAAAUGCUAUCAAAAAACAGUUGGCAACUAGUAGCGUUAAUAUAACGAACAGUAAUGGAAAUGGUUCGACCUCCAAUCUGAAGGAUAUCAAAUCCAAAUAUUUAGUGUACAAAAAGCAUAACGGUUUCGGGUCGAAUAAUUCGAUAGCGGAGAUUGGGGCAAAGCUGCAAUAUAUUAAUGAUUCGGAUGUAAAGAUGAAGAACGGGAAGAAAAAAUAUGCAAUAUUUGAUACCAAGAAAAAGAGUAAACUCGACACGGUACAGUAUUACUUUGACAGUCGGAGUUACGAGCGUUACGUCGAUAAUAAGCUGUACGGUAUGGUGAAUAAAGAUGGUCAGCAGUCCCAGCAGCAAGGUGGGGGUACUGGUCCACAACAAACAGAUUCCCCAACGGAUACAGGGGACGCUCACAAGCGUCUUAGUUGGGAUUUUCGUACCAACAGGCCUAGCAUGCUGCGGGUAAUCAAUCAAUCGGCUCUCUCGAAGAUGCCAACCUCGGAAAGUAACCCACAGCUGCAGCAGCAAACGAAAGGUAGCACAUUCAAGCAACAACCGCAUGCCGAAGGCAACAACCGCAUUUUCCGACUACAAAAGAGCCAUACCAGUACCAAUCUGAUUACACGCCAUAGAUCAAUGAACGAUAUUCAUCGGAUAAAUCAAUUAUUUCUCGAAUCUAAAGCGACAGCUGACGGCGCUAGUCAAGCGCCACCGUCCCUUCCGCCGCUUCUUUCUCGGCAACUUAGCAGCAGCGUGAUCGCAUUGAACCGGAAAAUCGUCAGCAAGAACCCCGCACCCCCUGCGGUCACUAAUAGCGGGGUUGUUCGCGAGAGCGUUCAUCGAUUCGAGAAAAACAAAGCAAAAAAUGACGAAAUGUCAGCGAAGCAGCAAAAAUACCUUGUCCAUAAGCGGCUCAGUACUCGAUACAAAGCGGAAGAAAGUGCCCUUUCUGUUGCAGCUGCUACUAAAAACGCUGCUCCCGUGCCCUCAGUGAAACCGAUUACCGCCAUCGGGCCGGAUGAUACCAUUAGCAAGCGAAUCCGACAAAUAAUCGAUGGUCAUAACGGAAGUGGAUCUACCGAAACCAUCAAUUUGGAAUCCACCAAGCUGGAACCUCCUCGGCCCCCACACAGGGUGAGGUCCAAAUCACUGGAGCGCACUCUUAGCGAUGACGACAUGAGCAGUCUAAGUGUCAAAAGUAGUAAAACUACCUGUGGAUACAAAAACUGUAAGUUCUCCAAUUGUCCAAUGUCGUCAUCAUCAUCCUCAUCCGGUUCAUCAACGGUUUCUAGUUCCUCCUGUGAAUCACACAGACAGUCGACAGCAACGGCCGAAGCCCACAAAAGUUGUCUAAAGGGCAAGGAGCCGGAAAUCAUAUGCGGUAAGCGAACCUCGAUUGUCAUCAAUGACAGCGAUGGUGACAUUUUGCUGAACAACGUAAUCAACGACAAACUGAACAACAGCUGCGAAAAUGUUCGGGUCAUAUCAUCCAAAAUUAAGGAGAUCGACUUGGAAACCAAUCGAAUGAUCAUCGAAAAGUGCAUUGAGCCAAUAUCGGACAUUACGGAAACUGUACUGGCGCGGCGAAAAUUUUGGAAUCAGCAAAACCAACGUAACUUCAAGCUGAACAAUAAUCCCCAGAACAAAUCCUACAAUGAUAAGAUUGCGAUUAACAACAAAAUUAAAAAUGAGGAGAAUAAUAGCAUCAAAAUUUUCAUCACCGGCUCAGGAAUUACGAGAGCCAGCAUUAGUGAGCCGGUGUCGUUGAUUUCCACCUCGACCAGUGGGGGCAGUUCAGCAGCAUCAACGAUUAGUUCGAACGGUGGAGAGUCCGACAAGGAUGAUGGUUACUAUGAUCAAAGUGAGCGAUCGUUGAGUCCUGCCGAAAAGCAACCAUUGUCGAUCGUUUCUACCGUGAGCACUUCGAGUACGGUUUGCAGUGACGGUACCAAUAUGUCCAGCGUUACGUGUAGUAAUGGCAGCUCCACAAACCGUUACACAUCGAAAACGAGCAUCCGACUAGGAUGUGAUGGUGCUUUGUUUUGGAAUAAUAAUUAUUUCGAAGAUCUGGACAAUAAUCAAUCAAACGUCGUAGUGAACAAAAAUGACGGAUGUACCGCUGGAAGCUGCUGCUGCUGCUGUCGCCGAAGGCGAAGUGUUGCACUAGGAAACAACGGUUGUCUAAUCAGUUCGAUCGAUGUUGGUGGCACGUGUAGCACUGGAAAGGGAUGCAUUAGCCAUAGUAGCGGAAACGGUACCGGGUGCAAUGUGGUGAACGGGUGUGUCAGUGGUAACGGCGGCGGCGGAGUGGUACUGAGAAAGGCUCAACUUUGCCAAUACGGAAUGGCAAAACACAACAGUAAGCUGGAGAGCUUUUCGUCCCGGCCCCGUUCCAUCGAAGGCCCCCCCGACUCGGGCAUCUCCAUCAGCAGCGAUACCAUCAUCGCCAGCUCGGAUAGUGAUUUGAACCUGCAAAGCCAAACGGAUUCGGAUGAACGGAAGCUCAAACGGGGACACGUACUUGCAGAACUGCUGGAAACUGAGCGAAUUUACGUUGCCGAAAUGGGUUCCAUUCUGAAGGGUUACCGAGACGAGAUGCUGUCGGAAGAAAUGAGCUCACUGGUGCCACCGGGUCUGCAAGGCAAAGCUGACAUUUUAUUCGGCAAUCUUCACGAGCUGUACACGUUCCACAAUGACAUUUUCCUGAAGGAUCUCGAAAAUUGCAUCUCCACCACCGAACUAGUUGCACUGUGCUUUGUACAACGGAGGGACACUUUCUUCCGUUUGUAUUCCUACUACUGUCAGAAUAUUCCGCGCUCGGAACGGCUACGGGAGACCCUAGUGGACACGCACCUUUUCCUACAGGAGUGCCAGAAGAAGCUCGGCCACAAGCUCCCGCUUGCAGCCUACCUGCUCAAACCAGUACAAAGGAUCACCAAGUAUCAGCUGCUAUUGAAGGAUCUGUUAAAAUUCAGCGAUACCGGAACGUGCUCGCGGGAACUACAGAAGGCGCUAGACUGCAUGCUGGUGGUGCUCAAGUGUGUCAACGAUUCGAUGCAUCAGAUCGCAAUAACUGGUUUUCCCGCCGACCUUUCGCAACAGGGGGAACUGUUGAUGCAGGACUCGUUCCAGGUGUGGACGGAAAGCAAAAAAGAUCUUCGGUUACGGCUCAAAACUCAACAUCGGCAUAUAUUUCUAUACCAGAAGGCGAUGCUCUUCUGCAAGCAGGGCUCAAAAACUGGCCACAACAAGAGUACCUAUCAGUUUAAACAUUGGCUUCAGAUGUCGCAGAUCGGUUUAACCGAAUCGGUGCGAGGUGACUCGCGGAGGUUCGAGGUAUGGCUGCAGGGUCGGCAGGAAGUUCACACGAUACAGGCCGGCACGGUGGACAUCAAGAAUAAGUGGGUUGCGGAAAUCAAACGGGUGCUGCUCAACCAGCUGGAGGAACUCAAAGGCGAGAAGAUUAAGCAGUACGGACUGAAUCACAAACCACUGCGGCAUACAGCAUCCUGGGACAUGUCGCCGGCUAUGCAUGGUGCUCCAAACCGAACAUUCAGCUGCGACCAACAACCUGUCUCUACUCCUCUGUCCGCCAACAAUAUUCAGCAUCACACGGGCGGUGGUCAGGAUCAAGCAAUCACUAAGAUCUCCCAUCUCAGCAAUGAGGACAGCAUUCUGAGUGCAGCGGGUAUUUCAUCGUCCUCUUCGGAACACGAUAACCAGGAAACCAAUGCCUGGAGUUCGGAUUAUUCCAACAGUGAGGACGAAUUCACGCACGGUGAAGACGGUGUGUUACCGGGACAUAAAUUUGUCUCCCUAGCGGAUUACUGUGCAAUGGGAAAUUCUGAGGUUUCCAUGAAAGACGGUGAUAUUGUGGAACUGCUUAAAAUUGGAUGCGCCGGCUGGUGGUUUGUGAAAGUUAUUGGAAAUAACUUGGAAGGGUGGGCUCCAGCAGCGUUCCUGGAACCAAUAAAUCGUAAGGCGUCCCGGCUUCGCAGUGCUCGCAGUCAGGACAAACUGAAUGAACAUUGAGAAGCUUAAGCGUUGUUACAGCAUUGUUCUAGUGAAAACCGGGAGUUAUGCAAUAGUUGUGCAUUUAUCUAAACUCCAUACCCAUUUCUGAAUCGUACCUAGUUGCAUGCGAAUCUGAGAUGAAGCGCAAGAGAUUCAUAAAGUAAUUAUCUAUGGUCGUCUAUCGUCUAUCCAUCCAUAUCGUAAACACACACAUACACAAAAUUAAUAGAAAACUAAAACUGGAGACUCUCUAUUCAACUAGCCAAAAUAUCCAAAAGUUUAGAGUAGAAUUCGUUGCAGUGUAUGACAAUUACCAUAAGAAAUGCCGAACGGAAAUAAGGCAGAAAUUAAAAUACGCUGGCGUUUAGAUUAGAGUUGAUCGCGAACAUCCACCAAAUUUGUCAUUUUUGGAGAAGAACUACGGUGUACUAGAUAUCUCUCAUAGCACAAUGUAUGCAACAGACUUUUUACUCUUUCGUUCUAUUCCUAAAAAUCAUCUUUUCUUCAAUCUUUCUCUUAAACCAUGGAGUAUUACACGGUGGUGUGCCAAUUUCAAUUGACUGCUUCAUACGUGUUAGAAAAAAAAUUACAACAGCAUAAAAGUGUUAACAGUAUCUAAAACAAGCCAAAGCAUAUAUACGAUUACAGAAUUGAAUCAACGCAUCCAAUCAUCGUUGCAUACAGUAAAUGGUUAGUUAACGAGUUAAAAUGAUAGAAAACAAAAAACGCAAACCAAUCACCACAACAAAAUUACCCGAAUGCGUACAAGCGUAUCCCAAAAUUCUGAGCACGGAGGUUCUUGUUACAUUGUACAGUCCGUAAGUUAUUUAUUUAUUAGUUAAAGUGUACCUACACGGUCUUCUUCGUUCUCGAGAUUCUGAGUCUCACCCUAAAUUAGGUGUUUUGUUUCUUCAAUCACUUUAGUCGUUUUUGUUUUAAACCUGUUGUACAAUCGACUUAACUAUCUUUUUUUAAUUCGUCCAGUAAACUGCUCACUAGAUGUGUUAGAACUUUUUUGUUUUAAUUUUUGCAAUCUAUAUUGAAACUAUUUGUUUUAUAAACAUAUACGUGGUAUUCAUUGGCGAAGUUAAUCCGAUGUUCAAGCAUACAUACCGUAACACAUAAAGUAAUACAGAUAAGAAUCGUCGGGAAAAUUUGGAUAGGAAAGGCGUUAUUUCAUAAAAAAGAAUACAUUUACAAGAGCUACGGCAGCGUAUUUUGCAAACAUAAAACAGUGAAUACGGAAAAUAAUCAAAUGUUUGAAAAAUCAAAGAAAUAGUUAUCGGUUUCCGUUAUACUCUUUGAUUUCUCAAUCACUCUGCUAAGACGCUCGUUAUAGAUUUUCUAAAAAGAAUCAAAUGUUUGUAAAAAUUCAAUUAAAACAAAACCACUGGUUAAUCAAAUUAACAUUAAACGUGAAACCGAGAACAAUGUUUGUUCAGUAUAAAGCAAAAA